UUCGAAAUUGUGCACUUGGGUAAAAUUUCAUAUAAAUAGUUUUGGAAUGACUUCAGUUAAAUUCAAAUCGACGCUGUUUCAAUUGGCGAAAACAAUCAAAUUCAAAAUGAAGAUCGUUUCAGUACUUGCUGUCGUGGUAUUUAUGUGUACCAUGGAUUUGACUCUAUCUCAAUCAUCUGAUGAUGCUCAAGAUGAUGAUGACUCAUAUACCAUUGAUGGUUCCAAGGCUAUAGUUAAGUGUGUCGCAGACAUCACUACCAACCAUUUGAAGGGAUCUAAAUAUAAUCAAAACUGGGAAUCAAAUAAAGUUGAAGUAACUAAACUACUUAGCGAUAUCGAGUCAUGCCGCAAUAAACCAGAUGAAAAAAGUUGCAUCAUUGAGAAAACGAAGCCAGUUUACGACAAGUUCAUUAAAUUUGCUGACACUGUAUCAAAAGAGGACCCGAAACUUUACCAGGCAGCCUACAAUGAAAUUGUAACUAAAUGCAAAUAAGGUUUGUGGCCUUGGUGAAGGAAAUGGAUGGUGAAAAAAUCUGUUUGCACAAUGUACACCUUCAGAAUAAAUCGAUUGAUAAAAAUAUCAUCAACAAUUAUA